CCCUCAUUAGCCGGAACGUGUACUAAACUUUUUUUUAUUAGACUUUUUGCUAAACAAUCGAAACGAUGAGCCUUCGUAGGAGAAGUACGACUCAUGAUCUCGCAGCGCUCCGUCUUCACCCAGACGGCUCACGCGUGCAGCAAGCCUCCGUCAGUUCGCGACCACGGACCUCGAAAUACACCAUUGUGGAUUCGAGAGGAAACCGGAUCGCGCGCGACGCCGGCGGGAGGAAUUCGGUCAAAAGGCGCAGAACCGUCGACGUAGUGGUGGAUGGGCAGGAGCGGGAGACAAUUAAGCUAUCGCCGGAGGAUGAUGGCGACGACGGAGAUGUGUUUGUGCGUAGGAGACACAGACGGACACAGAGCAAGGGGAAGGGAAAGCAACGGGCCGAUGAGAGCGAGAACCGGGAGGACGACAAGGAGAGUGACCCUGAGCAGCUGGAUGCAAGGAUGAAGAGGCGGAUUUCUUUCUUGCGAGACUUCAGUUUCUUAGAUCCACCUGAAGUCACCAUUGGGCGAUCAUUCGAGUCCAAGGAGCCCUCCGAUACUACUGGGAUAUCAUUCUCUCCACCCGCACCGGAGUUGCUAAAGAGCAUCCAUCACUUCGCAGCCUGCUACUAUCGCGAGAGGGGACAGCUUUUUGACCGCAGUACUGCAUCUCGUACGAGGAACAGAAAGAAACACAACAUCUACAUGAUGGCUGCUGACAAGAUGAGAAUGUCAGAGACAGACAAUGAGAUGUGGGAAGAUCGGGACGAUAACGAAAGUGCAGAAGGCGGUGGCAGCGAUGGUGAAGGUAAUGGCAAAGACAAUGCUCGGGUUGCCUCCUCGCACGACCCAGAUGUCAAGGACAUGUACAAGGCAUUCGAUGGAUCUGCGCUCAUGGCGAUAGGCAUCCUGAUGCAAGAGCAAAUUGCACACAUACUUACUUCAUCGUCAAGGGUACGACAGGGACCCCAAGGAUAGUCUUAGCGAGCCCGAUGACUCGCAAUACAUAUUACAUUAGAUGCCAGAUGUCGGAGCUACUACCAGUCCUCAUAAACAACUUCGGGUGGGACACAGACAUUGACGUGCAAAUGGUA